AUGCUCUUCCUCUGCUCUGUGGCUCUGAAUAUCGGCACGGACAAGGAGGCUACUGAUAACCUCCCGCCAAUGGAUCCGAAGAAGGGCGUGUUUUGCACAGGAGGAGGAGGAGUAUAUGGCCCCUACGGCUACAACAGCGGAUAUGGACCCUACGGUGGUGGAUAUGGUCCCUACGGUCGCGGAUUUGGUCCCUACGGUGGAGGAUAUGGUCCCUACGGUCGCGGAUAUGGUCCUUACGGUGGAGGAUAUGGACCCUAUGGUCGCGGAUAUGGUCCAUACGGCCGCGGAUAUGGUCCAUAUGGUUAUGGGCCAUAUGGAUAUAGAAAUGGAUAUGGACCCUAUGGCUACUAA